AUGUGGAAAUACCACGCGGCCACCAGUCUGGAGGAAGGUCUGGCAACUGAGUCAGAGAAGUACCAGGGCUUGCUGAAGGUUGCCCAGUUUGCAAAUGUCCAAGGCCACCCUGUGCGACUCUGGAGUUACCCCAAAAGUCAUCUCCUUCGGCUCCUGCGGGUGGAUGACUCCCCCCUCCCCCCCCCCCCGGAGCCAGUGUAUGCGAAUGUAGAGAGGCAACCUCGGGCUACUUCGCCGCGCUCCGCUGCAGUUCCUCCUCGGCUCAGCCCAGUGUGGGAGACGCACACCGACUCGGGCACUGGGCGCCCCUACUACUAUAACCCCGACACGGGCGUGACCACCUGGGAGUCACCCUUUGAGGCCUCUGAAGGCGCCACCAGUCCGGCCACCUCCCGAGCCUCUGUGGGCAGCGGGGAGAGCCUGGAGACAGAGUGGGGUCAGUACUGGGAUGAGGAGAGCCGCAGGGUGUUUUUCUACAACCCUUUGACGGGUGAGACUGCCUGGGAGGACCUGGAGGAGGAGCCCCAGGAACCGCUGGAGAUGCAACCCAGCCUGAGCCCGCGAAGCCCGGGACUUCAGAGGCCCCCGACUCCUGAAACAGACUACCCCGAAUUGCUGAGUAAUUACCCCGAAGAGGACUAUUCUCCUGUGGGCUCCUUCAGUGAUCCUGGCCCCACUUCUCCCGUGGCUGCACCCCGUGGCUGGUCCUGUCACAUUACCGAAGACAAGCAGACGCUGUACACCAACCAGUUCACUCAAGAGCAGUGGGUGAGGUUGGAGGACCAGCAUGGGAAGCCAUAUUUCUACAACCUAGAGGACUCCUCUGUGCAGUGGGAGCUGCCCCAGGUCCCCAUCCCCGCCCCUCGGAGCAUUCGCAAAUCAAGCCAGGAUAGUGACACUCCAGCCCAGGCUAGCCCUCCGGAGGAGAAGAUCAAGACCCUGGACAAGGCCGGAGUGCUCCAUCGUACCAAGACAGUGGACAAGGGGAAGAGACUUCGGAAAAAACACUGGAGUGCCUCCUGGACGGUGCUGGAAGGUGGCGUCCUGACCUUCUUCAAGAACUCGAAAACCUCAGCUGCGGGCGGCCUGAGGCAUCCUUCCAAGCUCUCGACCCCAGAGUACACAGUCGAACUGAAGGGGGCCUCUCUCGAUUGGGCCCCCAAAGACAAAUCCAGCAAGAAGAAUGUGUUAGAGCUGCGAAGCCGAGAUGGCUCAGAGUACCUGAUCCAGCAUGACUCGGAAGCCAUCAUCAGCACCUGGCACAAGGCCAUAGCCAAAGGCAUCGAGGAGCUGUCCGCAGACCUGCUCCAGGAGGUGGAAGGUGAGCCCAGCAGUGCUGAUUUCGGGUCCAGCGAGCUACUCGGAAGCUGACGGGAGGAGGAUGUGCAACAGAAUGCAGCUGUGCAAUGGGCCUCACCUUCCCCGAGCCCUGGAGGCCUGGAGAGCGACUUGAUCAGGGUCCUGCACAAGCUCCAUAAAUUCCUACAGAGAAGACCCACUCUGCAGUCUUUGCGGGAAAAGGGCUACAUCAAAGACCAGGUGUUUGGAUGUGCGCUGGCUCAACUGUGUGAGCGCGAGAGGAGUCCCGUGCCACUCUUCGUGCAGCAAUGCAUCUGCACUGUCGAGGCCCGGGGGCUGGACAUCGACGGGCUGUACCGCAUCAGUGGGAACCUGGCCACCAUCCAGAAACUGCGCUAUAAGGUGGAUCACGAUGAGCGCCUGGACCUGGACGACGGGCGAUUGAAGCUCUUCUUCCGGGAGCUGCCAGAACCCCUCUUCCCCUUCUCGCACUUCCACCAGUUCAUAGCAGCCAUCAAGCUGCAGGACCCAGUCCAGCGCAGCAGCUGUGUACGUGACCUGGUGCGCACGCUGCCCGCCCCCAACCACGACACGCUCCGACUGCUCAUCCAGCACCUGUGCCGGGUAAUCGAGCAUGGCGAGAAGAACCGUAUGUCCGUGCAAAAUGUGGCCAUAGUGUUCGGGCCCACGCUGCUGCGGCCUGAGAUGGAGGAGGCCAGCAUGCCCAUGACCAUGGUGUUCCAGAACCAGGUGGUGGAGCUCAUCCUACAGCAGUGCGCAGAUAUCUUCCCGCCGCACUGA